AUGGUAAAUCAACACAAUAAGCAUCCCUGGAUCACCUAUUGGCUCGUCAUUGCCACCGUGCUCGUCCUCUGGGACGCUGGCUUUUGUUUCAUGAGACCACAUUCAUUCCAAGGCGGCAAGUACCAUUGGAUCUGGAAGCCAUAUGCGCUCUAUCAGAACAUUGACCUAGUCUACGGCGUCGAGGCACACCGCAGAGGCGACGGGUUUACAAAUGCCCAAUCAUUCCUCAACGUAGUCGAGACCAUAGGGAAUCUUCUCUACCUCUACAAAGCCCAAGGCUCGGACCCUAUCACACCCUUGAUCGGCUUCACCGUCGCCACCAUGUCCUUUUCAAAGACCGUCCUCUACUGGGCCCAAGAGUACUUUUGCAACUAUUGCGCUGUGGGACACAAUGAUCCUUGGACCCUCUUCUUCCUUUGGAUCAUCCCCAAUGGCACUUGGCUCAUCUUCCCCUUGAUGGUCAUGGUCACCCUCGGCAAGGACAUUCUCAACUCUCUCCGAGUGACAAACUCGCCACGAAGAACCGCCUAUGCUAACGGAAAGCACGACUGA